UUAUUGAAUGGGAAUUGAUACGUAUCUUUUUGAAACAGCAAUCAAUUGAAUGAUGCGUUUGUUAAAACAAAUCUCAUUGGACAGCCAUAGUCCAAUCAAUCUUUCAUAUAGUCUUCAUUCGUUACGAUUUCAUUAUCAUGCUGGAACCAAUCCUAAAUUUAACAGUGAUUUUGGAAAACAUCUGGCCAAAAUUCUUGAUCGUAAUGUUCGCUUGUUAAAUUUGAUCAAUUGGGUCGAUCAAAUUCAUAAUAACGAUGGUCCAUUAUUAAAAGCAUUAGAAUCCUUGAAUUCUUGCAUAGUUACAUUGAUCGAAAUGUGUGAAUUCACAAAAACACUUCACUCGACAAACAUCAUUAACAUAGAAGCAAAAGAAUUUGCGACAAACAAUAAUUACGAAAAACAAAAGUCUAAACUUCGUCGUCAUUAUUCAGCAUUUGUAGACGGUGGACAAUUGUUUCGUAGUAAGCGAUCAUCUUCACUAUUACUAAAUAAUAUUAAUGACAAAGAUCCUACAUUGACACCAAACGAAUCUAUUUAUAUUGAAAGCAUAAUUGAAAAUUCGAUCCAUAAACUUAUUGAAAGUAAUAUACUCAAUUUAUUAGUUGAUUCGAUACCAAAUAUUGGUUUCGAAGAAAAAAAACUGGCCAGAAUCAUAUUAACAAAUUCAUUAACGAUUGAUGUGAAAAAUAAUAAAAUAAUUGUCGAGUACUUUUGUGAUUCUUCAAAUCAAAUAUUGCAUUCAUUGGUGAAAAGCUAUGAAUAUGGAAAAAGUGAUGUUACGCUAAAUUGCGGUAUGUGUUGUAUUCUACGUUUUGCUGCACAAUUUGAGCCUAUUAUUUUCAAAAUUUUACAAUCCAAUUUUUUUCAUAAUUUUUUUGAUUACAUGAGACAAUCAUCAAGUUAUCCAUUUGAUGUGACAAUGGACGUUUUUUAUACAUUCAAAACACUUAUGUCAAAACAUAAAAAGUCUACGACCGAGAUUCUGGUGGUGGACAGUGAUAAUUUUUUCGAAUCAUUGAUCAAAUUAUUAGAACAUGCUGAAUUAACAGAAGACUAUGUUACUAAGCGUCAAACCUUGGAAGUUCUAACGGAAAUAUUUUCCGGUCCUGAACGUUUUGAUCUGCGAGAAAAAUUUAUCAUACAUCAAGAUUUUAUCUGUUCUGUAAUCCGUUAUCUUUGGAAUCGAAAUAUUCAAAUUCGUUUACGUUGUUUAGCUUUGAUAAGUCAAUUCAGUCGGUAUCCUUUAUCAACAAUAGAGUCGUCGGAUGAAGAAGAGGAGAGUGAAGAUAAUGUUGCAAUCACAAAUGUCGACAAUUCAUGUUCAUGGUCAGAAAAUUCACGAAUGGAUGGAUUAAUUGAGAAAAUCAGAACUACUUUCAUUGAAACUCAUCUAAACAUUCAAUAUUCAGAUGACAAAGAUUCACAAAUCAAAAAAAAUUUGAAUGAAUUAAAAAAUGAAUGUCAAAAAUCAAAUGUCAAAAAAUUUGAACAGCUUAUUUGUUUCAUUGAUCAAUUAAUCCAAUUUCUUGAUUGUAACUAAUAAUUUCAAACGUUU